AUGAAUGAACAAGUCAUAGCACCCGAGGUGACCUCCGAAAUGUCAAAAAAUGAAAAGAUUGACCUAGCUUACAAAUUCUAUAGACUGGAUCUAAAAAAAGAAAAGAAUAAGCGUACUCCAAUCAACACUAUCGCUAAAAUCUAUGAUGUGAGUUCAAAUGGAUUGAGGUACCGCAUAACAAAAGGUGAAAGCAAGGUGAAUGGUAAUCUAAAAAGGCGUACAGUUUUUCCAGUGGAAGAGGAAGUAAUCGUGUCUCACAGUAUAAAAUACGCACAAACUGGGGUUCCUUUAAAUGAAGACAUCAUAGUGGAUCUAGCAAAUGCUAUCAUUAAAAAUAGAGGAUCAACCAAUUAUAUUAAUAAACAAUGGAUGAAAAAUUUUAAAAAACGAAAUGAAAGUUUGAUAAAAUUUAGUGAAUUAACUAAAAUGUCGGACAUACGUUAUAGAUUAGGUGGUGAUUUUGAUAAUUUAGAUGAUUUUUAUGACAAAUUUAAGGAACAAGUUAUUGAUAAGGAAAUACCAGCUGACAAAAUCUUCACUUUUGAUGAGUCGUACACCAUAUUAUCUGAGAACACAAUCAGAUACGGAUUUAACACCUUUGAUGGAGAAGAAAAACCUUUACUUGGAAAUGAGAAUAGUGAGUAUGUAACGGUUGUUGAAUGCUGUUCAAUGUCAGGAAAAGCUAUAAAACCAAUGAUUAUAUUCAAGGGUGAUGAAUUCGAUACCAAUUGGUUUGAUGCAAAUAAGUAUAACUCUUAUGAAUAUGAAGUAUCUCCUACGGGAUGGACAUCACAUGCCAAAAUUCUCCAUUGGUUGAGACAUAUUUUCAUUCCUGAAUCAGGGGCUGGUAAAAAUCACGAUAAGGUUGUUUUGCUUAUGGAUAACCAUGAAAGUCAUUAUACAUUAGAAUUUAUGGAAGAGUGCUACGAAAACAAUAUAUUUCCCAUAUACACACCAUCAUAUAGUAGCCAUCACACUCAUCCACUCGUUAGGGGAGUAUUUAAGUUGAUGAGAAAGAUUUAUAGACAAAAGUGUGUCUGGUCUACUAUUAAGCAAGAAGUAAGUGAACAAAAAAUUGAAAAAAAUGAAUUUCUUCAAUUUUACACAGAGGCUAGAGAAAUUGCUUUAUCUCCUACUCAAAUCAUGAAAUCUUGGAAGCGAGCUGGUUUAGAACCUUUCAAUCCAAAUAGAGUUUUGCUUGGGAAAAAUGUUUAUCACAAACCAGCGAUUGAUGAUGAAGAAAUAGACAAGACUAUCUAUAAUUCUGAGGAAGAAGAUGAUGACGGCACUAUUGUACCUACUGGUAUGAAAGUGGAAGAGUUGUUAGAAAGGUUUGAUGUCAAAGAAGAUGCUCUCUCUGAGCUUAUAAAGAACUUAUUUAAUUCUCUUGUUAAAGGAGAGACUUGUUACAAAGAUUUGAAAUUAAAGAGAUAG